UUCAGAACCAUGGGCAGUACAGGCUACACGUGCAUAAGGCGGACAUUUUGCUCCUUCAACAUCCUCAUAUGGCUCUGCGGCAGUGGAUUUCUAGCGAUAGGCGUGUGGCUUCACUUUGCCUAUCCAGGGUAUGCCACACUGCUGCCUGACCAUGCGGUACUCAGUGCCGACUGUAUGUUCAUAACGGUCGGUGUGAUCAGUUUCGUGAUCGCAUUUUUCGGAUGCUGUGGCUCUUGGUUCCAGUCACGAUGUUUUCUCGUUAUAUACUUUACACUGGUGGUACUAUUGUUCCUUAGUGAGUUCUUGCUCGGUUCACUAGCAUUUGUGUUCCGUGGAGGUAUUGGGCGUAUGUUGACGCAGGAGCUGAAAUAUGGCAUCGAGAAGCACUACAACGUGUCGGAUCGUGGCGGUUUCUUAACGCCUUCCGUUGCCUCUAUAUGGGACAAUCUACAGGUGGAUCUACAAUGCUGUGGUGUAUCGUCAUACGAAGAUUGGUACGAUAUCAGUGCAUGGCCCGGCGAGCGAUGGGUACCACAGUCGUGCUGUCGCGCGCAGUACGGAGCAAUGUUUUCGGAAGGAUCUGGCGACGAGCUAGCGAACGUUGACUGUCGAAAAGCGGGAAAUCCUACACUCCUAUGGGAUAAGAGCUGUGGACAGAUUCUACAGAUGUGGUUCGUCCAGCGACUACACAUAGUGGGAACAGUUGUGCUGGUGAUAGGCUUCCUACAGCUCUUCGGUCUAAUAUCAUCCAUGCUGCUGUUCUGCACUGUCAAACAUAAACGAUCCUCAAAAACCUACAAAUCCUACUCACCUACCGUUGAUACGACGCUCAAUCGUAACGGCACCAGUGCCACCUACAUGGACGACUGACUGUAUGGCUGAGGAUGGUCAGGAUUUGG